AUGGGUAAUUGCGUUGCUUGCAUGGUCAAAAUACAUAAUAAAACAGAUGUUUAUUUAUUGAAACCAUAUAAAAAUAAAUUUGAAUGGGGAAGAUUAAAAUAUGAAACUGAAGGAAAUGAUGUAAUAUAUCCAAAUCAAACAUCAAUCAAAGCUGUUCAAGGUAGAACUGGUAGUCCAUCUGGUGUGAAAGAUAGUUUUACCUUUGAAGUUGUGCAUCAAGAUAAUAAUAUCAAAAUAGGUCAAAUAGAAUUGAUUUUUGAUGUUCCAUAUGAUACAAAUAUACAUACAAGAUCUGUAAAUUUUAAGAUAACUAAUUAUAGUAAUGUUAUCAUCAAAAUUGAUACUGCUGAAAAAUGGGGUGGACAUGGUAAUGGAGAAAGUUUAUAUAAAUUUUUCAUAACUUAUGAAAAUCCAACUGUUUCGAUCGAAUCAAGAUUAAGAUCAAAGAAAGGAGAUCAAUACUAUCAAAGAUAA